AUGAAUGUGACAUCAGGAUCAGUUUAUGGUGGAACUAAAGUAAUACUAUCCGGAGUUGGAUUUCAUCCAAAGGCUUCGCGUGGAAAUGUUGUGCAAAUUGGAAAUACUGUCUGUGAUGUGCAGGCAUUGACUGAGUCAAAUGACGAUGGUGAGGAGAGUAGUCUUGUUUGUAUUACUAGACAAAGGUUUCAAGAUGGAUACUCACAAGUUGUAAACGAAAGUAAUCCACUGGGAUAUUGGAGGCUGAAUGAUCGGGGAAUGAUGCAAUGGAAUAACAAAGCCUUAUUGGUUGCCAAGAACUUGGGGUGGAUUGGAGCUAAUGGUAAUGGCAUGUUUUGGGGGCAUAUAGAGACUGGAGUUGAUGGAAUUAGUGGCGACAAGUGGACCAACAGUGCCGUCGAAUUUAAUGGUGGCUGGGUGGCUGUCCCUUACUUGCUUACACUAAACAGCCCAUCUAUUCUUAGUGGGGAGUUGUGGUUGAAGCACCUGCCAACUAAUGGAAGUUACCAGCUUGUAUUAGGAGCAUUUAAUGGUGACUUGGCGUCUCGAGGGUAUGCCUUGUGGAUUAACCCUUGUGGUGAAUUAGAGUUUUGGUUGGCCACCAGUACACCAAAUAUAGACCAAACCUCUUCAUGUCAUGAUCCAUUUACAAAUUAUUCAUUCAAUACAACUGAAGAAUCUACAAGUGGUGCAAGUGGUAUAAGUAGUGUGAAUGGUGGAAGUGGUGCAGGUGGUACAAGUAGUGCGAAUGGUGGAAGUGGUGCAGGUGGUACAAGUAGUGCGAAUGGUGGAAGUGGUGCAAGUGGUACAAGUGGUGGAAGUGGUGCAAGUGGCGUAUUCUAUAAUGUUUGUGGAGUGUGCAAUGGCAUUCGGAUUGUUUCAUUGGAUGAAUCAGAACAAACUGGUCUUCCAGCAGGAGUGUGGUCUGUAAUUACUAGUGAAAAACUUGGAAACUCGUGGGUUUAUAUUGUGUUCAGUUGGAAGCUAGAUGAAAAUCUUUCUGUGCACAAAAGUGGAGUUCAAACACUUUAUGUUGAUACAGAAAUUGUAGAAAACAGAACAACAACAUUUUCACAUAAUGUGAGAAGUUCACUACUGAUUGGUGGUCAAUCCAUUUCAAGUCGUUCUAAUGGUUCGUUGGCACCAUUUCAUGGUGUAGUUGCUGAAGUAGCACUAUAUGGAGCUCUUCUAAGUGAAGGUGCCAUUAUGCGGCAUUAUUAUUAUGGCAACAGCAAGAAACAGCCAGUCAGUCUUCGCUAUGAAAAGGAAGAUCACAGAGGAAAGGGGGCUGUACCAAAUGUGCAGUAUUCUCUUGCACCUGUUGACUACUCUGAUGUGAUGGUGAACUGGUCUGUAGUCGAUAACGGUACAAUGCAUGUUGAGACAUCCGAUCGACUUCAGUUUGAGUGGAAUGGAUUUCACAGUGUUGUUGAGGUGAGUCGCCGUGAAUUUGACUCAUGCACUUCAAAUGGCAAAGAAAAGAGAAUUGUGUGGGGAUUAAGUCAGUCAAAAGGUGUUGCAACAGUAGUUGGAUUGGAACCAGGUCGAAAUCAUUACUUCAUCAGCGAUGUAACUGGGGACUGUGAAAAGGGUCACAAGAUGCAGGUGUUUGUUGGAAGUGAGGUUGUCAUUGAGUGGCGUCUUGGUCAAGUGUAUAAUCAUGUAAGUAUAGCGUAUGGAACAGGCAUAAGGUUCCAGUGGUCUGGUGGACUUGGUGUUUACCAUGAUGUUGUUGAGCUGGCCAGCAAAGAUGCAUAUGAAGAAUGUGCUGUUAGUCAAGUAGCUCAGAUGUCAGGGAGUGUCAUUGCUCGUUAUUCACAGCCAGUGACUAUUGGGAAUGUUCCAGUCAAUGGUUUGAGAGUAGGGACACACUACUUUGCUUGUGCAGUGUCUGGCCACUGUGUAGCAGGGAUGCAUCUUAUGGUGACUGUAACAGAAGAAAAUGAUGUGAAAGAUUAUGAUUCAAGCAAUCAACUUUACCAAUCAGUACAUGUUCACUGGCGUAUUGUGUCAUACUCUGAUGUUGUCAUAACACAAGGAGAUGUUGUUGUAUUUGAGUGGGAUGAAUUUCAUUCACUGAGUCAGGUGACAAAGACUGCUUACGAUGAUUGUGAUCUAUCGCCAACGAUGGCAUUGAAAGAAUGGUCUCGUCCUUCAGUUACUGGUACAGUAAAAGUCAGUGGUUUGGCUCCUGGUACUUACUACUUUAUAUGCGCUGUUGGUGGAAAUUGUGGUGCUGGAAUGAAAGUCGCUCUUAUUGUCAAGUCAAGGUCUGAUCUUCCUGUAUUUGACUUGGAAAAAGCAAAAUGUCUCACAGGCUAUUGCUCAUAUGAGUUCAAAAAGGAACAAACACCAGUUCUUGUCAGCAUUGAGCCUGACCAUGGUAGGCCUGGUACAGUUCUCUCUGUUGUUGGAUCUCAAUUGCUAAGUGAAGAUUUUGGCCAAACUUCGAAGUUGUCAUCAGUCUUGGAAGUGCGCAUUGGUAACUCUUUGUGCAUGAAUGCAGAGCAAGUGUCCUAUCAGAGUGACAAUCAGACCAUUUCUUGUGUUGUUGAUGAUCAGGAAGCUGGAAAUAAGAAAGUUACUGUUCUUGUGUACGGUAAUGGACUUGGUCAAUCUGUGGUGAACAUCCAUAAUUCUAUUGGCAAACUUAUAUUUCAUGUUGAUGCUUUUGUUAUGAAUGUUUCUCCCAAUAAUGGCAGCAUUGCAGGUGGAACUCUCAUCACUUUGACAGGGUCUGGACUUUCCUAUGUUAAGUCAAAUGUGACAAUCAUGAUUGGUAAUUACGAAUGUGAAGUACAAGACUCAUCAUUUAUUUCAGUCACAUGCUUGACUUCUUCUGUUGAAACAGCAAAGGAUCAUCAUAAUAGACCAUUUCCUGUUGUUGUGUUUAUUGGUAACUACAAUGUGAGUUCAUCAGUGUUCUACACAUACAGCACAAACUCUACACCUGUCAUCUUUAAUGUAUCAAGCUCUAUUUUAGUUGCCAGCAAUGUUAUUGCUAUUUCGGGUAUCUUCUUCAGCUCUCAGACAGAUAAUGUUGAAGUGUACAUUAUGAGACGAGCUUAUCAUUUUGGGCUAUUGCCCAAUCAACUGGCAACAACAAGUCAAGAUUGUGCAGUACAGUCAGCAACUGACACAGAAAUUGAAUGUGUUGUCGGAGCUCGUGUUGCUGGUGAUCGAUACAUUGUUGCAGUCAAAAUUAGUAAUGUAGGAUAUGCUGUUUAUCAACCUGACCAUGCAGCUGAUGUCAGGUAUGAGUUACAAAUUGAUUCUGUUACACCCACAAGUUUUGGUCUUGGUGGUGGCGUUGAAGUGGCAGUGACAGGAGUUGGAUUUUUGUCUGGAACAGUGGAGAACGAAGAGUCUGGUUUUCAUUUCAAGUCUGAGUACUCGUAUGCUGAUACUCAGAAGGCAGCUGCAGCUGCAGGACAGACAUUAGCAGCAUCAAAUUUACAUGGCAAGUUGGUGUCAUCUCAUGGUGUUAAUUAUGGGGUUACAUACAGUAUAACUGUAUGUAGUCAGAUUUGCAACAUUCUUGCAUCAACAUACAAUAAAACUGUCUGCAUUGUGCCACAGUAUCAACUACUAGCUAACAUCAAAAAUGAUACAGAUAUUAAUGAUAUGCUAGCUUUGGUACAUAGCUGUCCUGUUGAGGCUUUUGUGAAUGGUUCAUCAGGGGAAUCACAUGCUAUGUUUGCAUUCAAUGUUACGUAUGAUGGUAGCUUGACACCCAUAAUUGACAAUGUGUUUCCUCGAAGAGGUGGAACUGCAGGAGGAACGCUGCUAACUAUUAUAGGGUCAGGAUUCAACUCAACUGUUAAUGGUGAAACUGUUGUAGUCUCGAUUGAUGGAAUCGAAUGUAGUCUCAGAGAAUUUAAUAACUCACAUAUAAAAUGUAGGACUGAAGCUCAUACAACUACAUUAAACAGUCGUGUAAGUGUUGUGGUGCCUGGCAAGGGAAGUGCUGUUGAGUUGUUUCUUGGAAAUGCUACAUCACCAUCAUCAGCACAGUUUGAAUAUAUUGACAGGUGGUCGAGUCGUUUCACUUGGGGUGGCAACAAUCCGCCUGAAGAAGGAGCUGCUGUCUAUAUUCAAGAUGGUCAGACAGUUCUACUUGAUACAUCAACACCAGUUCUUGGUUUGCUUGUAAUUGUUGGAAAUCUUAUUUUUGAUGAUAACCAAGACAUUCAUUUACAAGCAAAGUACAUCUUCAUCAACGGCGGUCGGCUACAAGUUGGAACAGAGGAGGAACCUUUCAUGCAUCGAGCUACAAUCACUUUGCAUGGUAAUGUACGUGACCCUGAACUUCCAAUGUAUGGUGCCAAAGUUUUAGGACUGCGUCGGGGAUCCUUGGAAUUACAUGGCCGCCCAAGGUCUAUUACAUGGACUCGUCUAGCAGAGACUGUCAAGAAGAACGAAACUGUCCUAGAACUUAUGGAACCUGUUGAUUGGUUGGAAGAUGACCUUGUGGUUAUCGCUUCUACCAGUAAGGAUGGGAAUGAGACAGAGACUGGUAGAAUUAGUGUUGUGGAGAAUGGUGGGUACAGAAUUGUGUUGCACAAUCCUGUCAAGUCCACACAUUAUGGAAUCAGAGAUGUGUUGGAAGAUGGCCAGUUUAUUGACAUAAGGGCAGAGGUUGGCUUACUGUCUCACAAUGUCAUUGUACAAGGCUCACAGUAUGCUGGUGACAGCCUUGAUGAUCUUGGUGCUGACCAGUAUGGGUCUCAGAUAAUGGUACAUCGUGCUGGAGAAGAUCCAACUCCUGUUCAUAUGGAACAUGUUGAAGUUCGGCAUGCUGGGCAAGCGUUUCGUUUGGGGCGUUAUGCUGUUCACUUCCAUUUGAGCGAUAAAAUGAAUGGAUCAUAUGUACGUCAUUGUUCUAUUCAUCACUCACACAAUCGAGCCAUUACUGCACAUGGAGUUCAUGAAAUGCUAUUUGAAGGAGUGGUGGCUUAUGACAUCAUGGGACAUACAUUCUUUGUUGAGGAUGGCAUAGAGACUGGGAAUCAGUACAUCAGAAAUCUUGGUCUUGUGACUCGAGGAUCUUCAAGUCUUCUCAACACAGAUCAGUUGCCUGCAACAUUUUGGAUCACAAAUCCAAACAAUACGUUUAUUGGGAAUGCAGCUGCUGGAUCCAGAGCUUAUGGUUUCUGGUAUGAUUUGGAUCCAUUCCCAGUUGGACCAUCUUUUACUACAAGUGUGUGUCCUAACAAAACACCAUUUGGAGAGUUUCGUGAUAAUGUGGCACACACUAAUGCUGAGUUUGGUCUUCGUAUUUGGGAGACAUACACGCCAAAGGAAAAUGGUUGUACAGGUGAUGAUGUGCCAGCUAACCUCUACAACUUUGUUUCAUAUUCAAAUGGAAUUCACGGUUUGGAACUGUCAGUUGUUGGUCACGUCAGGCUGAUUGGUUUUAAAGUGGCUGACAACCGAGACGAUGGCAUUGCAAUUCAAGAAGGUCAUGGCCAAUGGGGAGGACCAAUGGUGAAGGAUACUCUCAUUAUUUCUCAUACCAUUGCAAAUCAGGGAAGUCCGCAGAAAGGUGGAAUUCGUACACCUAACCGUCGUCUUUUUACAUUUUCUAAUAUUACAUUUGCUCGGUUUGAUGAUCCAUCACUGUCCUGCUUGCGAGCUUGCUCUCAUUGCAAGAAGUUUCAAGGAGGCUUUCAGUAUUGGUUUGAAAAAAUCAACUACUUGGGGAACUCAAGUUUGCAUCGAGCUGCAUUUCAAUGGGAACAUGAGGUUCUGUUUAAAGACUUGGAUGGCACGUUGGCUGGUGUUCCUGGUGGCUGGGUGACACCUGCAAAUGGGCUUUUACCUCUUGAGUAUUGUCGGCAACUUCCUGAGUAUAGUCUGAAUGCUAAAUUUCCUGGAUCAGUUUGCACUGCUAAUGUUUCAUUGUUGCGACUGGCUUGGAACAAUGCCGAACCUAUUGCAACAUUCAAAGGGAGAGAUGUUUUGGUUUCGACUGAGAAUGGAUCAAGUGUGAUUCCUUGGCGUCACAAGAGGUUGACUCAUGGCGAUGGAUAUAUGUUAACUCUAUCCAGUCAACAAGUCUAUAAUGUCACAUACGAUGUGCCACCUUCUAUUAGUGUUGACAACACUGCAUACGAAGCUGGUUUGUACGAUGUACCAAUUGGUGAAUCUAUUAUUAUCAAGACAUCUUUUGAUACUGCACCCAAUCACUUUAAAAUUGGCUUAAACAGACAGGACAUUGGACGAGAAGUCGAAUUCUCAGAUAAUCACACGUCAUGGCAUUUUGACAAUGAGACACUUGAGCUGCAGUACAUCUUGAGUGCAAAGGAGAAGACAGAAUCAUUGAAUGAUCUUCUCUACAGUUUUUCAAAGGAGCCGUGUCCUGUGCGGGGCUGUGCAGCUCCUAAUGAUAAGGUCGAUUACGAAUCUAAUUGGAGGAAAUGGAGUGUCGCAAAUGAUUGGCCUAAGAAACGCGUGCCAGGUUCAGGAGCCAAUGUCACAAUUGAGAGUUCGUGGAGAAUGUAUGUUGAUGUGAGUGAAGUGAAUGUGGAGAAAAUAGAAAUUCAAGGCCAUCUGGAAUUUGACAACAAACGUGAUGUAGUUUUCAAUGCAACUUGGAUUGUCAUUAUUGGAAGUAAUGGCAAGCUUGUAGUCGGUGAAAAGGGUAAGCCGUUUACUUACAAAGCUACAAUUUUUCUAAAGGGCAAUAGGAAAGUGCCAAACUUGGUUUAUUCAAGAAAUGUGAUUGUGGGUUCAAAGGCGAUUGGAGUAUUUGGAGAGUUACAUUUGAAUGGUGAGCAACGCGAUGUUAUGUGGACAGAAUUGAGUCAAUCGGCUGUUGCUGGAGACAGUCAACUGCACCUUAACACUCUCGUCAACUGGAAGGCUGGAGAUGAACUUGUUGUUUCUCCUUCAGGUUACUUGCCAUCGGAAGCAGAAGUUGUCACUGUUCGUUCUGUCUCUAACAAUGUAGUGACUCUUCAACAAUCAUUGCAGUUUGAUCAUGUUGUUGAUCACUUUUUAUCUGGGAAUGAGACAGGCACAGGCAAUAAUGCAUCUCGCUGGUGGCAUGCAAACAAUGGAGUCCGAAUGGCUUCUAAGGUUGGCAUACUGACUCAGAAUGUGCAAAUUAUUGGUGAAGAAGACAUCUACAAUUCAAUCUCAGUUGAUGAAUUUGGUUGUAGGAUUUUAGUGGGUUCCUAUCAGUACAGACUAGCUGAUCAUACUGGAAAGGCAUUUAUUGACAGUGUGCAGUUUAAAUAUUGUGGUCAAGGCGGUUUCUUUAGUCAGAGAGAUCCACGGUAUGUUGUUGCAUUUAAAAAUGCCUUGGAUGGUUCUGCAGGAUCAUAUAUCAAACACAGCUCUGUCCACACUGCAUUCAAUACGGCAUUUGGAACAUUAGCCAGCAAUUCAAUUGAGUUUAGUGACAAUGUGGUAUACCAUUCUGUUGACUCUAUGUUCAAAGUUAGUUCUCUCAAUUGUACCGUAAAGGGUAAUCUGGCAGUGUUCACAAGAAGCAUUCAGCUUGCAAGGCCAAAAGAUAAGUUUGCAGUUGACUUUCCAGCAACUUUUAACAUUAGAGGAACAGGACAUGUUGUGAAGGACAAUGUAGCAAGUGGGUCUGAAAGGGUUGGAUUCUAUUUUCCUGGAGAGCAGUGUAUUGAUGAUGCAGCGCCUAGAAAAGCUGAUGCUCAAUUUUGGGGUAACUCAGCUCAGACUGGAUUAAUUGGGUUGGUCAUUACAGGCUUGCGUGAGUCAUGCAGUGCAGCAGGGGGUUUUAAAGCUUCUCGACAAUGGGAAUAUGGUGUUUUUUCCUCUACCGCUAGUCGAAUAGCUCUUCGUGAAGUGAUGGUAGCUGUUGGUCACACUGGAUUGUGUUUGAACAUAUUUGGACCUGAUCCAGUAAAACAUCAACUUGACUACAAGUGGAUCAAAGUUGAAGACUCUCUAUUGGUUGGUUCAACUGCAAAGGAGCCAUGUUUUACAUCUACUCCUUCACAUUGUCCUUCUAUUUCUACUGGAGCCCAUGAUCCAAAGCUUGGAAUUAUGAUGGCAUCGUUUGUCAAAAAAAGAAGCAAAAUGAAUGGAUUUGUUCCUUGGCACAAACCAAUGAGUUAUCCCACAAUUGCUGGUCAAGUCAACAUAACCUCAGUCACGUUUGCUCGAUUCAAUAAUUUUCCGCCUUGCCAGCACGGCAGCUAUGUUAUUGCCAAUAACAAGCUGUCUCCAGAUGCCAUGCAUCCUGUUUACUUUAAGGAUACAGGACUUCUUGAUGUUGCCGGUGACAGAACAGCACGGUUGUAUCCUCCUAAUCCUAAAUGGAUAGUGCAAGAGGAUUGUGUUGACAUGGACUGUGAUGGACCCAAACACUCUAUCAUUAAUGAUGUAGAUGGAAAACUUGUCCAAACAACUGGAGAGAGAGGGUCAAUUAUCCCACGGGCAGAAAUCAGAUUUGAUCAAUCACGUCUUCCAGAAACAAUGCGUUAUUCAGGCGAGAGUUCCAAAACCAGACUUGAUCCAAACUCUUUAAUUGACAAACGUGGUAUUGCCAGAGGAGAUAAUACGACUUUUAAUAGUGCCAUCCCAGGUUGUGUAUGGGUGUCCAGUUGGAAUGCAUACAAAUGCUCGGGGUUGGAUCAUCAAAUGCUCGUGAUUGAGAGCAUGGAUAGUGACUCAGAAGUUAGAAGAGUUUCACCAAUUGCUUUGCACGGUGGCAAUACUGGGAAUGGAACAUAUAUGGAUCUUAUGAAUGGACCCAUGGAUCACGGCUGGUGCACAUACUACACAUGUUUAAAAAGACUGUCCACUUUCUUCAGUAUUGUGGCAAUCGGCACAGAUUAUCAGUUGUGGUUUACAGGCUCAAAUCCUGGUCAUCUUCGAUUUCAUUUACUGAAUACUUAUGGUGGACCAAGUGAUGCACCAGGCCAGGGUGUUCGCUUAUCAAUAUGGUACAAGAACCCACAAAGAAAAGAUGUCUACAAGGAACCUGUUGAUUGGUUGGAAGAUGACCUUGUGGUUAUCGCUUCUACCAGUAAGGAUGGGAAUGAGACAGAGACUGGUAGAAUUAGUGUUGUGGAGAAUGGUGGGUACAGAAUUGUGUUGCGCAAUCCUGUCAAGUCCACACAUUAUGGAAUCAGAGAUGUGUUGGAAGAUGGCCAGUUUAUUGACAUAAGGGCAGAGGUUGGCUUACUGUCUCACAAUGUCAUUGUACAAGGCUCACAGUAUGCUGGUGACAGCCUUGAUGAUCUUGGUGCUGACCAGUAUGGGUCUCAGAUAAUGGUACACCGUGCUGGAGAAGAUCCAACUCCUGUUCAUAUGGAACAUGUUGAAGUUCGGCAUGCUGGGCAAGCGUUUCGUUUGGGGCGUUAUGCUGUUCACUUCCAUUUGAGCGAUAAAAUGAAUGGAUCAUAUGUACGUCAUUGUUCUAUUCAUCACUCACACAAUCGAGCCAUUACUGCACAUGGAGUUCAUGAAAUGCUAUUUGAAGGAGUGGUGGCUUAUGACAUCAUGGGACAUACAUUCUUUGUUGAGGAUGGCAUAGAGACUGGGAAUCAGUACAUCAGAAAUCUUGGUCUUGUGACUCGAGGAUCUUCAAGUCUUCUCAACACAGAUCAGUUGCCUGCAACAUUUUGGAUCACAAAUCCAAACAAUACGUUUAUUGGGAAUGCAGCUGCUGGAUCCAGAGCUUAUGGUUUCUGGUAUGAUUUGGAUCCAUUCCCAGUUGGACCAUCUUUUACUACAAGUGUGUGUCCUAACAAAACACCAUUUGGAGAGUUUCGUGACAAUGUGGCACACACUAAUGCUGAGUUUGGUCUUCGUAUUUGGGAGACAUACACGCCAAAGGAAAAUGGUUGUACAGGUGAUGAUGUGCCAGCUAACCUCUACAACUUUGUUUCGUAUUCAAAUGGAAUUCAUGGUUUGGAACUGUCAGUUGUUGGUCACGUCAGGCUGAUUGGUUUUAAAGUGGCUGACAACCGAGACGAUGGCAUUGCAAUUCAAGAAGGUCAUGGCCAAUGGGGAGGACCAAUGGUGAAGGAUACUCUCAUUAUUUCUCAUACCAUUGCAAAUCAGGGAAGUCCGCAGAAAGGUGGAAUUCGUACACCUAACCGUCGUCUUUUUACAUUUUCUAAUAUUACAUUUGCUCGGUUUGAUGAUCCAUCACUGUCCUGCUUGCGAGCUUGCUCUCAUUGCAAGAAGUUUCAAGGAGGCUUUCAGUAUUGGUUUGAAAAAAUCAACUACUUGGGGAACUCAAGUUUGCAUCGAGCUGCAUUUCAAUGGGAACAUGAGGUUCUGUUUAAAGACUUGGAUGGCACGUUGGCUGGUGUUCCUGGUGGCUGGGUGACACCUGCAAAUGGGCUUUUACCUCUUGAGUAUUGUCGGCAACUUCCUGAGUAUAGUCUGAAUGCUAAAUUUCCUGGAUCAGUUUGCACUGCUAAUGUUUCAUUGUUGCGACUGGCUUGGAACAAUGCCGAACCUAUUGCAACAUUCAAAGGGAGAGAUGUUUUGGUUUCGACUGAGAAUGGAUCAAGUGUGAUUCCUUGGCGUCAGAAGAGCUGGUUUGUACGAUGUACCAAUUGA